AUGAAUCUCAAUAAAAUAAACAGUUCCAGUUUAUUAUCUGGAAAGAAACUUUCACAUUCGAAUAAGACAGAUGCUGGCGAAAACGUCUACCACUUAUCCAGCAAUGGGAAAAAGAUUAAUGCAAAGGGAAAUUUGUUAAGCUUUAUUUUUUCCAGACGUACAAUUAUCGCCAUAGGUGCCAUUCUUUGUGUAAUAUUACAGAAUACGUGCACAUUUGAGAAUACGAAGAAUUCACAAUUGGAAUUAACUGCUAGAUUUUCUAGGAAAUUAUUUCAAAACAGCAGCAAUAGAACUGGAGUAAUGUCAAUUGUAUCAUCUGUUUUAAAUGUGUUAUGGGCAUUGUCACCUCUGAUUUAUGCUAGUGCUGUAACACAGGAAAACGCAUAUUCAAAGAAACGUAAAGUAAAUAUGAAAAUGGCGAACAUAGAAGAGUUGCGAGAAAGAUGCCUUGAUAAUGAAAAGGUUUUAGACGAAUAUGAACUAGCUGUAAUGCUUAAUUAUUUAACACAACCAGGUUGCUUUUCUAAAAUGUAUGCUCUUGGUACCUGGUGGCAAGGGUGCAGCAGGGAGAAAAUAGAGUUGGAAUAUUUUUAUAUGCAAUUGUCAAGACUUUGCAAAGAAACAGCAAAAAUAUGUAACUACAGUAUGAAAUUAUCAGGUAUCCUUUUAAGUGAGGCUAAGGAAGACUCUAAGCAGAGAGCAAGAACUUUGGAAUAUACUUAUAGUCAAAAGAUUUAUGAUAUUGUGAACCAAAAGGAUAAAUCGCCGGAGGCUUAUGAAGAUAAUGUUCAUAAGUAUCGAAAUGAACAGGAAAGUCUCAGACAACAAAUUUGGGAUGAAUGGGAAAAAAAAUUUUAUGAAAAAAUGUCAGGGGAACCUUUUCAUAAAGAUAUAGCUGAAACGUCAGAGGAAUCAUAA